CAUUUUGAGUCAGUUUGUUUAUUUCCAAAAUCCAAUGGAUAUUUCGAAAUUCAUUUGUUUAUAAUUUGAGAUGUUUUACAGGAACAAGAAAGCAACGAAAGCCUUUGAAUUAUCAUUAUCCGCUAUUUACCGAAAAUUGACUGAAAAUGAAUAUAAACUCUUCAGAGAUAACUCCUGAAAAUAAGGUUAGGCACUACCAUAACUGUUCUAAGCCACAGGAUGUCAACUUUGUUGAUCUCCCAGAUGACAUUCUGUAUACAAUAUUUGCUUAUUGUAACACGCAGACUCUUUGUCGAUUAUGUUGCACCUGCUCACGAUUAAGAGAUCUAGCAUCAAAGGACUGUGUAUGGACUAAAGAGAGUCCAAAUUACAGACUAAUGGUAUUUCCAGGUGAUGUAACAUGCAAAAGAAGUCCUAGGCAAAACAGUGCACAAAGAAGGAAAAGAAGAAUUAUGUUAAAAGAUAGGUGUAGAAUAGCAAAGAACUGGGAAACCAAGAUUGUUAAGGAUACACAGUUUGUCAAACACAAGACAAAAUUGAUGCCAUGGGCUAGACUACAUGGACAGAAGCUUUAUGUUUCCAAUGCAGUGAACAUUAAUUGUUACAAUGUAUUUAAUGACAGUACAGUAAAAGAAGAUGUGUCAAACAGAAUCUCUUGCUGUAAUUAUGAUGUAACAAAGUUUGUGGUCAAUGAUGAUGUUCUCGUCAGUGGAUUUAGAGGGGGCAGUAUUAUAGGAUUUAGUACUGUUUCAAAAGAAAAGAAGUUUGAAUACAAUUUCGAUGAAUGUGGUGAUACACAAGCUGUAGCUGUAUAUAAUGAUACAGUUGUGGCUGGUUACCAAGAUGGAUCAGUUAAAGUUAUCAAUACAAACAAUGAUGACAAGUCUGGUGUAGUCACUAUAAACAACUGUAGUAACACUGUCAGAAAUCCCAACAGGGUGUGGUCAGUGGCAACAUCUCCAGAUGGCAGCACAUUUACCAUUGGAAAUGCAGGUCUUGAAACAAACAGAACUCCAGUAGAAGUGCAUGAUCUUGAAAGUUGUAGAUUACUGUACAGCCUAGGAUCUGGUUAUAAGAAAGGAGCAGGUGUAUUAGACAUAAAGUAUGAGACACCACAUAUAAUGUUGACCUGUGGAUAUGAUACAAGUUUACGGUUAUGGGAUCUCAGGACUCUCUCAUGUGAAAAAGAAUGGACAGAACCAUUUGAUACAGAGUUAUCCUCCAUACAGUCAGAUGGAAACAAUGUGAUAUUAACUGGAACAUUUCAGUAUGGAAUGACAAGAUUAUGGGAUAAAAGAUUAAAAGAUCCAGUGCAGAUGUAUUAUUGUGGUCAGAAGAGAUCUCCUGUAUACUGUUUGGAUACAGAUUUUCAGAGAUUAUUUGUAGCUUUAGACUUGGGAAUUCAUAUGUUAGACUUCACAGUAUAUAAUUCACGUAAUAAACAUUGAUUCAUAGAAGUACAUGAACAAUAAACAACUGGGACUUUUUAAUUAUAUAGUUUUAAUUGUAUUUUGCCUGAAAUAUGACAAAAUAGAAAUGAGUUACAUUAAUAAACAAAUCAUACUGCUUAAUAUAUAUGAUAAAAUUUUCAACAGAUUGCUCAUUAAAAAGAUAUGUGAUAAUUACAAAAACUAGAUGUUUUAAGGGUACAAAUGUAUUUAUUUCAAUUUGUGAUUAAAUUGUUUUAUUUAAUAGA